GCUGCCAAGCCUACCGAGAAGCCUCUUUCACCACCUCCUCAGGCGUCGAAGCUGCAAUCCUCGGAACCAGUGGCCGAGGCUCCUGCCACGCCUACUCAGGCUCCCGCUCCCUCCCGCCGCGGCUCCGGCGAUGUCAUUUGCGGCGCUUUGCUCGCUGCAGCUUUGGCGGCCGCCCUGGUCUUCGACUACUGGCGUGCUUCUGCCAACAGCCGGCAGAGCAAGGGCGAGGUCUUCUACCUGAACCAGAUCUCAAGCCGUGAUUUGGCUUCCAAGUUCGCGAUCUGCCAAAAGGCUCUCAUCGUAUGGGCGUUGGCCUCCCUCGCCUGG